GACCAGCAUGAGCAGCAAAUACUUUGCCCUCGGGGGCGCCGACGACAGCGAGUCGACGCAACGCUUCUUCACACGCAACAAGUUCCUUCCAUCUCUACCCACCAUGCUGCCGCACCGCCUGCGCCGCAAGUUCCGCAGCACACGCUCCAAGAUCCGAAGCAGACAAACGCCCACCUCGUCCAUCUCGGCCCUGCAGACCAGCUUCAACCCCAAAGACACGCUGCGCUCCCUCCGUGACCACCAAUGGUCCGUCUACGAUGCCCAAUACCUGCUUCUCGCCGUCGUCGGCAUCUUCGCCCUCUGCGUCAUCCAAUCGCCCGGUCCCAUGGUCAAGACGGCCGUGGCUACGCUGUUGAUGUUGUCGCUGCUGUUACCCGUCACUCGCCAAUUCUUCCUGCCAUUCUUGCCAAUUGCCGCAUGGCUCAUCUUUUUCUUCUCCUGCCAACCUCCGAUCUGGGUUCGCGUGCUGCCUGCUCUUGAAAACAUCCUUUAUGGCGCAAACUUGAGCAACAUCCUAUCCGCCCACAAGGCCGUCGUCCUCGAUGUCCUCGCCUGGUUGCCUUACGGUAUCACCCACUUCGGUGCUCCCUUCGUCUGCUCUGGUCUCAUGUUCCUCUUCGGCCCGCCCGGAACCACUCCUACUUUCGCAAGAGCCUUCGGUUACAUGAACUUGACCGGUGUCAUGAUCCAGCUGUUCUUNCCCUGCUCGCCUCCCUGGUACGAGAAUAUGUACGGCCUUGCUCCCGCCAACUACUCCAUGCAAGGCUCUCCUGCCGGUCUGGCCGCAAUCGACAAGCUCUUCGGUAUCGAUCUGUACACUUCGACUUUCACCGCUUCGCCCAUGGUCUUUGGUGCNUUUCCCUCGCUGCACUCUGGAUGUGCCACUAUCGAAGCCUUGUUCAUGAGCCACACCUUCCCCAAGCUUCGUCCCUUGUUCAUCAUCUACACAGGCUGGCUCUGGUGGUCCACCAUGUACCUUUCCCAUCACUACGCCGUUGAUCUCGUUGGUGGCAGCUUGCUUUCCGCUGGUGCCUACUACAUCGCCAAGGGCAAGUUCCUGCCGAGACUGCAGCCUGGCAAGAUGUUCCGCUGGGAUUACGAUUAUGUCGAGGUCGGAGAGGCUAGGGAGCGCCAUGCGUAUGGUCUUACCGAUCUGGCCGAGGAUGACUUCCACCCAGCCAACUUCGGCAUGGAUAGCGGCGAUGAAUGGACCAUGGGCUCUUCAUCCUCGGUAGCAUCUUCCAGCAGAAGCCCCUCGGUCGGUGCAAGAAGCCCUGUUGACGAGUCUUGGGAAGGAGACACUCUGGCCUCGACAUCGGACAAUGAGUACUACCAACAAAAUUCCCCGACCAUCGAGACCUCCGAGAUAUCGCAAAGGCGCAAACCACUUUCUGAAAACAUCACACACAUCCACCACAAAACCAUGGCGCGCAAAGCAAUCCAAACAGAUCAGAUAGUCAAACUCAUCGUCGGCGCGGGCCAGGCCUCGCCUUCGCCGCCCGUCGGUCCCGCACUGGGUUCCAAAGGUGUAAAGUCGAUGGAUUUCUGCAAGGAAUUCAACGCCCGCACCGCAACCUACGUCCCCGGCACCCCCAUCCCAGCACGCGUAACCGUCCGCCCCGACCGCAGCUUCACCUUCGAACUCCGCACACCACCCACCGCGUCCCUUUUGCUUGCCGCCGCCGGCGUAGAGCCCAAGAAAAACAAAUUGCGCGGUGCAGGCAAUGUCGCAGGGCCAAACUCUAGAGCUGGGUUGGCGGGAGUAGGCAAAGCGAGUGGUGGUCAAUUGACGGCAGGAAAUGGUGGGCUGGGCGUUGUGGGGACGGUGAGCCUGAAGCAUGUGUUUGAGAUUGCGAGGAUCAAGCAUGGGGAGGAGAGGUUGAGUGGGUUGACGUUAGAGGGAGUGGCGAGGAGUGUGGUUGCGCAGGCGGGGAGUAUGGGUGUUGUGGUUGUGCCU